AUGUCUGGCUACUUCCGCUCUCGUCUCGCCCCCUCUCUUCUCCACGACUCCUACCGCCCCUUCGCCCGAGGCCACUCUAUCGCUACUGGCUACGGUACUCGUCUCGGCGGCUACGCCCCCACCUACCUCAACUCUGGCUCUUACCUCGGCCGGGGCGCUGCUGUCAUCGACGGUGCUUACUCUAGAUACGGUACCGGCUAUGGCUCCUACGGUCCUACCGAGGUCAUCAACACCACCGUCCGCGCCAUUGCUGCUCCCACCAUCGUCGAGCGCACUCGCGAGAUUCCCGUCCCGGUCGUCGAGCGCCACAUCGAGAAUGUGCACCACCACCACCACCACGACCGUGUCGUCGAGCGUAUCGUCCGCGAGCCCGUGCACGUGCCCAUCACCGAGCGCGUCUCCGAGUCUCACUCUCACGUCAACCACCACCACGGCUCCACCUAUCCCGGUGUCCACACUUUUCCCGGCCACAGCCACGUCUACGGGCACGCCCAUGGCUUUCAGGGCGGGCUCAACGCCACUUCCUGGGCGGGGUGGUCUGACCGAUUUCGUUCCCUCGGCUCCGACUUUGCCCUCCCCCACCUGGACCGCUUUCCCGAGCUCUUCCACACCUCGCAUUUUCGCGACACCCUCCUCGAAUACAACAACCGCUACAACCUUCUCCCUCCCGCCUCCAUCGACCGUGUCCUCUCUCUCUCUCCCGCUAGCCUCGGCGAGUACAUCGUCUCCCACGGGCACGAGUUUGGUUCGUUCACCGACGGUGGAGAGCUCAUCUUGCGAGGACACCCCGAGAGACCCGAGUAUACGCUCGCCCUUUUGGCCUAUUAUGGUGCAUCGAGGAGGCUGGGUCAGUUAUCCUUCCCGGUUAGGUUCGCUUACGGGGACUCUCACGUGGUUUUGGAGUAAGCUCCCAACCAAGUUCCAAUCCUGGGUUCCCACACAAUUUCGACCCUAUCCUCAACCGCAAUAUGCCUACCCUGUCCAUGAUAACCAUCGAUAAGACCUCUCCAUUGAAUCCUGAUAGUAUAAGCAGAAGAGAGAUUUGCCGCGUAUCGAAAAAAGACGUAGAACGUCGUCCACAUUCGUUUUUCUGGUAAACUGCUAGUAGUCUCUAGUCUAUG